AUGAAAAGGUUAAAGGCAGUCUUGAAAAUCUGGAACACAGCGAUUUUUGGCAAUGUUUUCCAGAUUGUCCAACGUGCAGAAGAUAAGGUGAACAAAGCUGAAGCCAUUCUCACUCAUUCUCGUUCGGAUGAGGACAGAGUCAACCUCAAUCUAGCCGAAGCGACCCUCAAGAAAGCCCUCUUGCAACAAGAAAUCUUCUGGAAACAAAAAUUCAGAAUUACUUGGCUUAGAGAGGGGGACCGCAACACCAAAUUUUUUCACGCUUCCGUCAUCGAUAAAAGAAGGCAAGCUUCCAUCAAAUCCAUCAAGCUUCCCUCAGGCCCAACCCUCCAUUCAGAAGCAGACAUUGGCCAAGAAGCUGUCAAUCACUUCUCCAAUAUUUUCAAGUCUGAUCCCUCUCCCACCCCUUCAAGCCUCCUAGACUGCAUCCCCCCUCUUAUUUCAGUCCAUAUGAAUUCCUUUCUUCUCUCUCCCCUUGACCUUACAGAGGUGAGACAUGCUGUUGUUGCUAUUCCGCUCGACAGUGCUCCAAGCUCGGAUGGUUUUUCUAGGCAUUUCUUCUCUCCAUGCUGGGACAUCAUCAAGCACGACAUUUUGGAAGCAGCUUUAGAAUUUUUCAAAGGAGGGCUCACCCUUAGAGCUUUUUGGUGCACGUCCAUCUUCCUCAUCCCUAAGAAGAAAAAUGCGACCAACUUUUCUGACUAUAGGCCCAUCAGUCUAUGCAACUGCAUCUAG